GAGUGGGGUGAAGGGGAGGGGACGGGAGGGGGAGUUGUUGGCGGCGGCGGCGGCGGCGGCGGCGGCGGCGGCGGGGGGGGGGGGUUGGCCGGAACAUGGCGGACCAGAUCCCACUGUACCCGGUGCGCAGCGCCGUCGUGGCGGCGGUAGCCGCUAACCGCAAAAGAGCGGCCUACUACAGCGCCGCGGGGUCCGGGCCUGGGGGCGAGCGGCACAACAGAUAUCAGCUAGAAGAUGAAUCUUCCCAUUUGGAUGAAAUGCCACUAAUGAUGUCUGAAGAAGGUUUUGAAAAUGAUGAAAGUGAUUAUCACACAUUACCAAGGGCCCGAGUAACUUACAGAAGAAGAGGAAUAGAAUGGCUUGUUUGUGGUGGUUGGAAAUUCCUGUGUACAAGUUGCUGUGACUGGCUCAUAAAUAUUUGCCGAAAAAAGAAGGAACUGAAAGCUCGUACUGUCUGGCUUGGAUAUCCUGAAAAGUGUGAAGAAAAAUACCCUAAAAAUUCUAUAAAAAAUCAAAAAUACAAUAUAUUUACCUUUAUACCUGGGGUUUUAUAUGAACAAUUCAAGUUUUUCUUGAAUCUCUAUUUUCUGGUAGUGUCCUGUUCACAGUUUGUACCAGCACUGAAAAUAGGCUAUCUCUACACCUACUGGGCUCCUCUGGGAUUUGUCUUGGCUGUCACUAUGAUACGUGAAGCAGUUGAUGAAUUUCGACGUUUCCAACGAGACAAGGAAAUGAAUUCACAGUUAUAUAGCAAGCUUACAAUACGAGGUAAAGUCCAAGUUAAGAGUUCAGACAUACAAGUUGGAGACCUCAUCAUAGUGGAAAAGAAUCAAAGAAUUCCAUCUGAUAUGGUAUUUCUCAGGACUUCAGAAAAAACAGGUUCAUGUUUCAUUAGAACUGACCAGCUAGAUGGUGAAACAGAUUGGAAACUAAAAGUUGCAGUGAGUUGCACACAGAGAUUGCCAGCUUUGGGGGACCUUUUCUCCAUCAGUGCUUAUGUUUAUGCUCAGAAGCCACAACUGGACAUUCAUGGCUUUGAAGGCACUUUUACAAGGGAAGAUAGUGAUCCACCCAUUCAUGAAAGUCUCAGCAUAGAAAAUACAUUAUGGGCAAGCACGGUUGUUGCUUCAGGAACUGUAAUAGGUGUUGUUAUUUACACUGGAAAAGAAACUCGAAGUGUAAUGAAUACAUCCAAUCCAAAAAACAAGGUGGGAUUGCUGGACCUUGAACUGAAUCAGUUGACUAAAGCACUGUUUUUGGCAUUAGUUGCCCUUUCAAUUGUUAUGGUAACCUUGCAAGGAUUUGUAGGCCCAUGGUACCGUAAUCUUUUCCGGUUCCUCCUACUCUUUUCCUACAUCAUCCCCAUAAGUUUGCGUGUGAACUUGGAUAUGGGCAAAGCAGCUUAUGGAUGGAUGAUUAUGAAGGAUGAACAUAUUCCUGGAACUGUUGUCCGAACAAGUACAAUACCAGAAGAACUUGGACGUUUAGUUUAUUUACUAACAGACAAAACAGGAACACUUACUCAGAAUGAGAUGAUAUUUAAGCGUCUCCAUUUAGGCACUGUAUCUUAUGGAACUGACACAAUGGAUGAAAUUCAAAAUCAUAUCAUAAAUUCUUACUCACAGAUGUUUGCCCAAGCUAGUGGAAAUGGUACUAGCUCAACACCAUCCAGAAAAUCUCAAUCUUCAACCCCUAAAGUUCGAAAAAGUGUAAGCAGUCGAAUACAUGAGGCAGUAAAAGCUAUUGCUCUUUGUCACAAUGUCACACCAGUGUAUGAGUCCCGGGCUGGAGUAAUUAGUGAAACUGAGUAUGCAGAGGUGGAUCAGGAUUUCAGUGAUGAAAAUCGAACUUAUCAGGCAUCCAGCCCUGAUGAGGUAGCUCUGGUGCAAUGGACAGAGAGUGUUGGUCUUACUCUUGUUAACAGGGAUCUAACCUCAAUGCAGCUGAAGACCCCUGGUGGACAGAUUCUGACAUACUCUAUUUUACAGAUUUUCCCCUUCACUUCUGAGAGCAAACGCAUGGGAAUCAUAGUGAGGGAUGAAUCUACUGCAGAAAUUACAUUUUAUAUGAAAGGUGCUGAUGUUGCUAUGUCUAGCAUUGUACAGUACAAUGAUUGGUUAGAAGAAGAGUGUGGAAAUAUGGCACGAGAAGGUUUGCGUACUCUCGUUGUUGCCAAAAAAUCAUUAACAGAAGAACAGUAUCAAGAUUUUGAGAAUCGAUAUAGCCAAGCUAAGUUAAGUAUCCAUGACAGAACACUCAAGGUGGCUGCUGUUGUAGAGAGUGUGGAGAGAGAGAUGGAAUUGCUGUGCCUCACUGGAGUAGAAGACCAGCUUCAGGCUGAUGUCCGACCAGCGCUGGAGAUGUUGAGGAAUGCAGGGAUUAAGAUAUGGAUGCUAACAGGAGACAAAUUGGAAACAGCAACCUGCAUUGCCAAAAGCUCUCAUUUGGUAUCUAGAACCCAAGAUAUUCAUAUUUUCAGGCCUGUAACUAAUCGGGGAGAGGCUCACUUGGAGUUGAAUGCCUUUAGAAGAAAGCAUGACUGUGCCUUAGUCAUAGCUGGAGACUCUUUAGAGGUUUGCUUAAAAUACUAUGAGCAUGAACUUGUAGAGCUGGCAUGUCAAUGCCCUGCAGUGGUCUGCUGUCGCUGCUCACCUACACAGAAAGCACAUAUUGUUAAAUUAUUGCAACAACACACAGGCAAACGUACAUGUGCAAUAGGUGAUGGUGGAAAUGAUGUUAGCAUGAUCCAAGCAGCCGACUGUGGAAUUGGAAUCGAAGGAAAGGAGGGAAAACAAGCUUCUCUGGCAGCAGAUUUUUCCAUCACACAAUUUAAACACAUUGGCAGAUUGCUAAUGGUACAUGGCCGAAACAGCUACAAAAGAUCAGCAGCACUUGGUCAAUUUGUAAUGCACAGGGGCCUUAUUAUUUCCACUAUGCAGGCUGUGUUUUCUUCAGUCUUCUAUUUUGCAUCUGUUCCUUUGUACCAGGGAUUCCUAAUGGUAGGGUAUGCAACUAUCUAUACAAUGUUUCCAGUAUUCUCUUUAGUAUUGGAUCAGGAUGUGAAACCAGAAAUGGCAUUGCUGUAUCCAGAGCUUUACAAGGACCUAACAAAGGGACGAUCCUUAUCAUUUAAGACCUUCCUCAUCUGGGUUUUAAUCAGUAUUUAUCAAGGUGGUAUUCUAAUGUACGGAGCCCUGGUGCUUUUUGAAUCUGAAUUUGUCCAUGUCGUUGCCAUUUCCUUCACUGCCCUAAUCCUGACUGAGCUAUUAAUGGUUGCCCUUACCAUAAGGACAUGGCACUGGUUAAUGGUGGUGGCUGAAUUCCUCAGCCUUGGCUGCUAUGUGGCCUCUCUUGCUUUUCUAAAUGAAUAUUUUGGUAUAGGCAGAGUGUCUUUUGGAGCUUUCUUAGAUGUUGCCUUUAUCACAACUGUGACCUUCCUGUGGAAAGUGUCAGCAAUCACUGUUGUAAGCUGUCUUCCACUGUACAUUCUCAAGUACUUGAAACGUAAACUUUCCCCACCAAGUUACUCCAAGCUUACCUCAUAGAAGGAAUUCUCCACCUUCAUAUCCCCUCCACCCCCUGCCCUGCCAUUGACUUCAACUGGGAUUUGCUUGGUGCCUCCAGUGGCAUUUUAUUGACUUUGGAAUUUGUGAUAUACUACUGAAAGAAAAAUUGGAAAAAAGCAAAACAAACAACAACAACAAAUGGAGAAUACAAAUAGGGAAGGCUAUGUCUGCUUUGUAAGAUAAACUUUAACUAAUGACUCCAAACAGGGAGAGAACAUCCAUUUUUGUCCUUUUGUUUUCCAAUCAUUCCAACUUCUUUAUUGAUUAUAAUUUACUUUUUGUUAAAAAUGCUGCUUAAUUAUUUUAUUGCUACUGCAAAGAUUUUUGCUACUGUACUGUUCUAUAACAUAAAAUGAAAGCUUAUUUGAUAUUAUGUAAUAAUUCUUUCACAUUCAAGUUAUUUCCUUGAUGCUGUUAUGUUUAAACACCCAUUCCUAUUUAAUGUUUAAUAAAAAUCUUAGAAGCUAUAAA